CUGUACGCCCUUAUUCCGUGAUGUACAGGAACAUGGCGCUUUGGUGGAGAGGUGUUUCAUGAUACCAAGGGGCUGUUGUUUGUAUUUUUUUUUUAAAUAUUAUGUUUAUUUAAAUACAUAUGGACAUAUUUAUCAAAUAUGACAGCUCGUGAACGGUGGUCGCUGUUUUUGGUCUCUAUGGACAACGGGACGCUCCAUGUCGGAGUUGCGUUAGCUGUCGUCAGCUGAAACUCCUAGCCUCGACAUGCUACCUCAGGCUAGUUAGCCCGGCGAAUAGCAACUGGGUAAAACAGCCCUAAAAUAUGCGCCUACGUGAUGCUUACACUGACAGUAAAUUUGUAAUCAAUGUUUAUCCCACGUUAUUUGGCAUCAUAUCGGCCGUUUAUUUAGGAUAGUUUCCAUUAGCUAACAUCUCGUUGGCUAAACUUGGAUGAUGGAGAGACGCCAUGGAUUUGUGUUGUUGCUGGCUACCUGGAUUUUCCUGUCUGGAUGUUGGUUCUCUGAAGCUGUCCCUCUUCGGGAAACUCGCAAAGCAGAUGCGCGUGCCGGGGACAUGUUGGCCGGGUCUCUCCACCUGCCCUUGAUGGCGUCGUUAAUCGUGCUGGUGGCACUGGUGGUGGUCCUGGUGAACUGUGUGACCUGCUGCAAGGAAAGAGAGAUCAACUUCAAGGAGUUCGAGGACCACUUUGAUGACGAGAUCGACUUCACUCCGCCGGCGGAGGACACGCCUUCUAUGCAGUCUCCAGCUGAGGUUUACACCCUCGCUGUGUCCCCUGUGCCGCUGCCGGGACCCCCGCACCUGCAGCCUCUGGCCAGCAUCACGGAAACGUUGAGCGGUUUCAAAGUAGGACGGCACAGUUUGAGCUACAUCCAGGAGAUUGGCAACGGCUGGUUUGGGCAGGUCCUGUUGAGUGAAAUAUACACAGACCCUGGUGGAGCCAGGGUGGUGGUAAAGGAGUUGAAAGCAAAUGCCAGCGCCAAGGAGCAGAAUGAGUUUCUGCAGCAGGGCGAUCCAUACAGAGUGCUGCAGCAUCCCAACAUCCUCCAGUGCCUCGGCCAGUGUGUCGAGGCCAUUCCCUUCCUGCUUGUGUUUGAGUACUGUGAAAUGGGGGAUUUGCGAAGCUACCUGUCUCAGCAGGAUUGGACAGUCAGGAACGCUGAGUUGCUGCAGCUGCAGAGGAUGGCGUGCGAAAUCGCUGCCGGUGUCACUCACCUUCACAAACACAACUUCCUGCACAGUGAUUUGGCCCUAAGGAACUGCUACCUGACUGCAGACCUUACAGUUAAAGUAGGAGACUAUGGGAUUGGACCCUACAGAUAUAAGGAGGAUUACAUCAUCACCGAGGAUGAUGUGUUCGCACCCCUGCGGUGGCUGGCUCCUGAGCUGGUGGCGGAGCGCCAUGGGGGUGUGAUUACGAUGGAGCAGACCAAGGCUGGCAAUGUGUGGGCCCUGGGGGUCACGAUAUGGGAGCUUUUUGAGAACGCCACUCAGCCGUACCCUCACCUGUCGGACCGGGAGGUUCUGCUUCAUGUAAUCAAGGAGCAACAAGUCAAACUGUUCAAACCACAACUAGAGCUUCCUUAUUCUGACAGAUGGUAUGAGGUGCUGCAGUUCUGUUGGCUGUCCCCGGAGAAGAGGGCCACAGCAGAGGAGGUGCACCGCUUGCUCAUCUAUCUGCGGAUGCAAGGCCAGAAGGACAUGGAGGAAGAUUUCGAGCAACGCUGGGACGCACUGAAGCCUAACCCAACCACCAGGCAGACCGUUAGCCACUCGUCCUUCCCCAUCUUGGACCAGUUCGCCGACGACGCGUUGCGGCAAGAGAUCGACGAGGUUUUGACCAUCACAGAAACGAGCAAAGGACUCAGCUUCGAGUACGUGUGGGAGGCGGCCAAGCACGACCACUACGACAGCAGCCACGGCCGCUCGGGCAUGGACACCACUCUGAACUACCAGAGCAUGUUCUUCCCCGUUUCCAGGGAGGACAUCCAGGCUCGUUUCCCCGAUCCUCUGCUCAGGGUGGGAGGAGCUGAAAGUGGCCACCCUGCAUUAGGAAUACCUGGAAUUGUUUCAGUGUUUGAUUCCCAGAAGUCGUCUAAAGGGAACGAAUACUAUAUACAGCUGGAGGAACAAGGCGAGAGCGCCGACGGGGAUGUUGGGACUGGGGAAGAGGACAUGGGCUUUACUUCUAGCCAGAAAGACUUUGUUGUCCUUCAAGACGUCCGCCUGGACGAGUCGAGCACAGAUGCUGACUUUUUCCACCAGAGCAUCGACUCGAAGGAUUCGUAUUUGCCAGACAGCCACAUCUGGUCCUCCCUGGAAAACGACAGUCCGUACCACACAAACAUUUUCACCGAAGAGGCUUCGAAGCACGAAGACUCUCCCUCCUGGCGGCAAAACUUUCUGGAGCUCCCCGAGCACGGUGGGAACCCCUUCCUCGACGGCGCCUUGGAGGUCCAAGACGUGAAGCCGAAUCCAAGCUACUUUUUAGAGGAGGGGGAGGCCUGUCGCCCGUCGCUUGCUACGGAAGGAGGGCGGGAGACCGCAGAUGCGAAGAGGCUUCUGGAUACGGAAAAGCUGUCUGAUAAUUAUGUGUUUCUCAGAGAGCAGCACCUGAUGAGAGAGAGCUCCAGGUUCUCGAGUGCACAGCAGAACUUUCUCCUUCCCGGCGUUGUCCACGAACCAGAGGAAGCGUUCAAAAUGAAUUCCUGGGACAGACUCGAGACGAGCAGCGUAAACACGGCAGAUACACACGAUAGGCUUGGGACAGGUAGCACAUCCUCCAGAGAGGACUUUUUAGACACGCUAAACACCGACAUGGGGCAGUUUUUGUUAGAAAGUGAAUCUCUGGUGCCUUCCAUUACGGUGGUUGCAGAAGAUUUCACGGACAGCCAGACCCCAGUUAGAAGCGCUUCCUCCGCUGAAGACCUCACUCUGCUGCCCUCCUCAGACAGGGCUGUAGACUCUGGUUUCAAUUCUACCUCAGAGAGGUUUGAGCCCACCGCUAACCACAUGGGGGGCCAGAUCCCUUUUUACUCUGACAGUGCCACUACAGACUCUUUGUCCACAGAUGCCAAAAUCUCCAGCCUUGAAGAUGACCCCGACGUCUCAAAGGCCGUAGGAGCCGAAAUGCCUGAAAGCCUCCUUGGCCAGUCGGUCUCUUCUGAAAUCGGACCGAACGAAGACCUGACGAGCAACGACCUUCUGAGCGAGCUGAUCGAGGACGCCGAUCUGGACCUGGAAGCAAAUCUCUCUGAUCAGGAGGAAUCCUUCUUGGAGACGAAUGCGCACCCUCUCGUUAGGUCUCUCCUCGUGUCCGGUCCGUCUUUGGACCAGAUAAGCCAGGACAGUUUGCUGGAAGACAGCAUGUCCACCACCGUCCCCGCCGUGGACAAUUUGGCCGAAACGCCCGACUCCCUCGACUCCGUGGACAUCCACCGGCUGACGGAGCAGGCGGAGGAGCUGAGCGGCCAGUUGCCCCAAAAUAAACUUCAGCCUCCGUACAAGAUAUCGGACAGCGGGUAUGAGACGGAGAACCUGGAGUCUCCCGAGUGGAACUCCCAGCCGAGCGUCGCCGACUGCUCUCCUGUGAAAAACGGCGUGAGCGGCGAAGGAGAGCCCGAAGAGCUCGCCGCCUCCGCAAAUUUGGUCCCGCCCAAAAUCGUCAUCUCUGAAGCCGAGGGCGCGCUGGAUCUGCGCACCCCAGCGAGGACCGUGGAGCUGCUGCAGAAGAGCCAGCCUCUGGGCAGCAGCUACAGAGACUCCGCCUACUUCUCCGACAACGAAUCGGAACCAGAGAAGAAGGCCGAAGAGCUGACCGCAGGAAGUGCUGCAGAAGUCACAUGGAUGGGGAACUCUGAAGGUCCGACGCUGGAAGUUUACAAGGAAAAAGAUAUCGACGCGUUAUUUUCCCAGCAAGAAUCUUCUGUACCUGUUGCAGCCGAUGCUGAUGUCGAGGACCUGCAAGCAGGGAUGACUUCAGCUAUUAAAGAGGAACUAAAAAGUGAGGUGGAAGAGGCUUUGGCCAACCACGACGGAAAAGAAACUGAAGCUGAGGUUUUCAGGGACUCGCUUCCUGGAGCAUCGAGUCCGUUAGAAGAUCCAGAAACCUCACCUCUGCCUUUCGAUACCUCCGCUAAGGCGACACUAGAGGGCGCCGUGCACGCCAAGCUGACCAGGACCCAUGCCCACGACAGUCACAAAAUCAAAGAGCCGGACGUGGAGGGCCGGUACCUGGGCAGGCGUGACGGCGCGGGGCUGGAGGGACAGGAAGACGGCGUGGACGCCGACGAGGAGGACGAGAACAGCGAGGACUCCGACGACGACAUGCGCGCCUACCAGCUGCACAGCUCCAGCUCAGACAGCGAGGACGAAGCCGUGCACGCCGUGCCGAUUAUCGUGUCGGACGACACCACCAGCAGGAACCUGAAGAGCUUACUAAAACCAGCGAAGCUGACCACCGAGGCAUCGUCUGGUCCGUUCGCUGCGAGGCGCAAUGCGGAGAACUCCAGAAGAGCCGUCUCAUUCUUCGACGAUGUCACAGUCUACCUGUUUGAUCAGGAGACCCCCACUAAGGAACUGGGGGACCACUCGUUUGGUUUGAGCAGUCAGUCCCCGGAGCUCGGCAGCCCUGUGUCCACAGCCAGCUACUUUAACCGCUUCGCUAACUCUGAAAGCUCGACAGAUGAAGAGGGCGGUGGUUUUGAGUGGGAUGAUGACUUCUCUUCACCCGGGCCUGCCUUCCUGUCCAAGAUGGAUAAAGACCCCGUCUCCGCGGCCGUGUCCUCCACGCCGCCGUCGGUGGGCCGCGCGCUGCAGCCGAGCUGGAGCAGCUCCUCUAGCUACUCCCGUUUCUCCAUCUCACCGGCGAACAUCGCCAGCUUCUCGCUCACGCAUCUCACCGACUCUGACAUCGAGCAAGGAGGAAGCAGUGAAGACGGAGAAAAAGACUAACGCGUAGAACGAAGGAACCGUUACUCCUGACACUACUGAGGAACUAAGCAAUGCCCGUCCUUAUUUUUGGGAACGUUGGAAUAAGGACACAGUUUGUGAAGUGCUCCCCUCAGGCAGAACCGUUCUCAGAAGAAGUUGGCGACUAGACUAAAAAGCAGACUUUCAGCCAACACACACACAGACGGACGAGUCCCAGUACCACUAUGAGCCACAUGACCUGUCCAGCUCCAUGGGUGUUAUUUCAGUUCAGUGCAAUUUAAGGAAAAAAAAAAAAAAGACAAAUGUGCUGCUUUAAUUACUUAUAAUGCACAUUCCAUGUGUGUGUCUGCUUCUUUUUGUUGCCUCCUCUCACCAAAAAGAAGAAAAAAAAAAUGUUUUGGAUCCGUUAAUUCAUUUAGAGCUGGCAAAUAAUCACUACAACCAAACAGGAAUAAGCUCUUUGAUCUCAGCAGAACUACAAUUAAAAAAAUGUAAUAUUUAUCGAUGCUUUUUCUUUUUUCUUUUUUGUCGUCGUCAUUCUCUCCUUUUAUGUUGUGCAAUUAUUUCAGUGGUUGCCUUUUAUUUGUUUCAUCUAUCUUCUGGUGGAGUUUAAUGAGUCUCCUAUUUGGAGAGGAAGUUCUGCAUUUAAUCCUCCUGUAGCAGUAUUUGAACGGAAAGGAUGAGGAAUGCAGAGGCGACGCUCUGCGUGUCCCUUUAUGUGAGGAACGCUGGCAGUAAGCUGCGGGUGUCAUUGUUGUUAUUGAUUGUUAUCAGUCUUAUCGGGGGGGAGUUGAACUGUAAAACAGUUGAAGAGAAACUUAUCACUGAUUAAUUUUUUUUCUUUGUUUUUUUUAAGCUUUAUUUUUAUUGAAACGUGCAGGAAGUUGUUUUUCGUCUCCAUUAGCUGUCGCCGGGGUCUGAUCAUGGUGCCUGUUUGAUGCCACCCCUCGCUUACAAAUAUUCGAUUUAGAUGAGCGAGAUAUCUCUUAUUUUGAAAAUGCGAGCGGAAGGAGUCGUUUGUAGACAAACGUGCAAUGAGUUUCAUGAACGUGUUCGUAGGACGACCCGGCGAUCAUGGCGGUUGUUCUUCAGUGAUGUGCAGGGAACACUACUAGAACAAACGAAUAUAUAUAAAGUAAAUUAAUAAAAGACUACGGCUGCUGUUAUAAGUUGAUUAUUAUGGAUGGAGUCAUUUGCCUUUCGUUCUUUCUACAUAAUAUCAAAUACGGCAAAGGAAAACAUUAAUUUGCCAACCAUUAUUUGUAUGAUCCGUUCCUGUGUUGCAUAGCUCAAAACAAACAAAACCGUCUUCGUAUACAGCUGUAGGUCAUACAGUUGCUGUACGGAGCUUUCUGUGGAUGAUUAAAAAACACCUUAAAUAUUUAUCCCUCGUCUCCAGUUGUACUUCACCUGUAGUAGAACCACCCUCCCCCACCACACCUCUAGACUGACACCACCCUAUCAGUCAUCACUAACCUCUGUUCAAAACAGCAGCCUGCUCCUCAGUUAAACUUGAACACCUAUUUAAGGAAAUCUUUUAUUUUACCACAGUAUACGUUUGCUUAAUCUUGCACAUUUGAGAAAUGUAACUUAAUGUUGAAAUGUUCCAAUGUGUAUAUAUGGAUUCCGUUUUUUUUUUUUUUUUUUUUUUUUCUUUCAUUU